CCGUUUGCUUCUAAGGCCUCCGAUGUCAUUGGUUGGCAAGCGAAGUAUUUAGGCCGACGUUGUCAGUGCAUUGAGUUGUACACACAUAUACAAACACACAUGUUUACAACCUAACCUGAAGAUUGUGAGGCGGUCGUUCGCUCAUAACUUCGUGUUGGGUUUAUCACACUAUUUUCUAGAAGGAUUAUACUGCGUUACAUUUCGAAGACAAUGGGCUUGCCAGAUACAAAUGGACAGCAUCGUCCGGUUAAAAUCAGAGUGACCCGCAAAGGUGAACUCUAUGAUUUAACGGAAUUUGUUGACAGGCAUCCAGGAGGUCGAGAGAUCUUAGAGCAACACAAUGGACUGGACAUAGAAGCUGCAAUGCAGAAUUCCUCGGUCCAUGCGCACAGUAAAGCUGCCUAUUCCAUGUUAGAGAGAUAUGCCGUCGGCACGACAGACACAUCGGCACAGCAGAAUGAGUUACUUACUGAGGUAGCAGACAUUGACAAAAGAAGAGCAGAUUAUAAAAAGAAUGAUAUUGUUGAUUGGUCAAAGCCCAUACUCGGUCAAGUGGAAUUUCUUGGAGAAAAAUAUUUUGAUUGGACACACCAACCUGUGGAUUGGCCAGUGCGGCUGUUUGAAUCAGACUUAGCAGAAACGUUUUCCAACGCUUACUGGUGGUUCGUCCCAGUCACGUGGGUCCCUGUUGUGCUCUACAUGAUUUGGUCCUCCUUUCAACAUUUGUCACACGUACCGGAAGUCUGGCCACAAAAUGCUUUAGCUAUUCAGCAUGGCCCCCUAUCUAUGCCAUUUCUAUUUGCUUUUGGUGUCCUGAUGUGGACAUUCCUAGAAUACUUUAUUCACAGAUGGAUAUUUCACCUCAGACCACCUCCCAAUUGGCCCUCACUCAUAAGGCUUCAUUUCGCCUUGCAUGGCCAACAUCAUAAAUCACCAAUGGAUCCUAUGAGACUCGUGUUUCCACCAUUACCUGCAUCCUUUUUUGCUGUGCCAUUCUAUUUCAUGAGUACAUCCCUGUUUCCUGUUGGCCUUGCACAGAUAACCUUUGCUGGAAUAGUGUCAGGAUACAUGUCCUAUGAUCUCAUACACUACUAUCUGCAUCAUGGGAAAAAGCCAUUUUUAGCCUAUUUCCAGCAACUGAAAUCUUAUCAUAACUUACAUCACUACAAAUAUCAGCAGCUAGGAUUUGGAAUUUCAUCAAAGUUUUGGGACUACCCUUUUGGUACACUGAUUCCAGAAAACCCUGAAAAGAACAAAUAAUUUCUCUUUAAGAUUACAAAUAGCACUCACUGACAGAAAGCAUAGAAAAGUUUUGUUCCAAUGUUCUGAUUAAUUUUGUAAUAAAAAGAUGUUCCGAAGAUUCUUUCAUAACAUUUAUUUUCACUUAAAUGUAGAAAACAAAAUAUUAAAAAAAAUAAUUUUUCAUUUUCAGCCAUCAUUUUUUUAAAUUAUUUUUUGUUUAUUGUUUUCAAACAAUGAUUGCUCUGUACAUGAAAUUUCCUCUCAUGUAAAAUUAACAUAUGCAUAAGCAUUUUUUAGAUCCUAGACUAUAUGUUACAUACAAUUAUGCCUACCCUAAUAAAGUCCUAAAAUAAACUUAAUAUUCACUAAACAUUUUAAAGAAUACAUUGUAAUCUAAGAAUUGAGCAGACCUACAUAUAUAAAGCAAUGCAGAACAAGUGAAAAAAAUACAACAUAUUACUUUUCCUUGGCACAGACUGCAAAAGAGCCUACAACUCAGCAGCAAAAAGCUUGUUAGAAAAAGAAGAAAAAAAGAUCUAGGAUUCUUUUUUAUUUUUUAAGCUGUCUUAUAUCAGUUCCAUUUUAAAUGAAGCAAAUAGGAGAUGGUUCCAUUGAAGCACUCCAUAUUGUUUCAUGUUUACCUUUCCAGUCAUAUAGGCAGACACUGUGAUAGUUUUGAAAAAAAUCUAUAGUGUUGUGUGUAGGCUCACCAAUAUAUUUAUUCUGGUUGUUUUGUGCCUCAUUGUAAUAUAUUUAUUUUUUUUAGAACUUGCCAAUUUUCUUACUUGAAAUGUGUCAAUUUUAAAAGGUUCAUACAUUAUAAUUGAUUUGUCAAAGGUAAACCUCAAUUUAUUUGAUCUGAUUUUAUUAUAGUCUAAAAAGUUUUUGAGUUUGUAUUUUUAUAAUGUAUAUUUAGAUUUGUAUAUAUUUCAUAAAUAUUUUUGGCAUUUUUUGUUAGUUUUUACAUGUAAAACUAAAUGUUUCUGAUUAUAAUAAAAAAUAUAAUUGGAACAUGUCUUUUUAUUUUAGGAAUAAUGAAAUAUUUGCAAUGGACCUCAUUCACCAAUCAUAAACAAACAACAUUUUGCCACGUGUUAAUAUUGAUAAAACAAUUUUAAAAAACUGUCACAUGUGACACCCUGUGUGUAUUACGUAAUUUGUAUAGAAGAGAUAGAGAACCACGUGGCUAAAUGUUGUUUGUUUACGAUUGGUGAAUGAGGUCCAUUGGUUUGUGAAAAUAUUCUUUUCACUUUGAAUAGCUUGGAGUUUACAAUAAAAGUAUUUUCAAACUUUAAACUAUUUACAUUAUAGAUGUCAAAAGCAAAUCGAGCUUUAAAACACUGAUAUAAAAGAUUGUUUUGUUUUUGUUGAGAAAAAAAGAAAAGAUAUUUUUUAGUUUUUAACCAAUGGUUCUAUCACAUAGCAUUCCAGUCACAAUGUCCUUGUCUAUGCAAAAUGUUUCCAUAUUUAGCAGCAAUAAGCAAUCAGAAUUUUAUUUAUUUAUUUUUUUUUUUAUUUUACAACUUACACAAACGUGGUUGAUGUAUUUUAUGUUUUUGUAUUAUACCUUAUAUUAUGCAAUUUUAAAAAAUCUUUUGAACCUUUUCAAAACUGUUUUGAAUUUAUGAAUAUAAAUAGUUAUUAGCUCUAUAUAAUGUAUAGGUAUGAACUAAUUGUUUCACUUCAAGCAGUAUGUUAUUUUUAAAAAUAAUGUCAACAUUUAGUGAAUAAAAAAAUAUUGUUGAGACUAUUUAGCAGAGAUGUAAGAUAAUUUAGCUAUAUCUAUUGAGUAAGUCAUAUUAUAUCAUAUCUUGAAUAUAUUUUCUUUUACAAUAUAAUGAUUUGUUUAAUUUUUUUUUCACAUAUUUACCAGUAUAUAUUUUUGGUGGACAAAAAGUAAGUCUGCCUGCCAUCCUGUGGGAGGUUUGGGCUUGAGUUUUUAAUGUUUUAUUCUGAAGAAACAUCUGAAACAUGUAAAACAUUAAAACAAAAGAUAAAAAAGAUCCUUAUGGUACAUAUUUACAGAAGUUGAAGAAAUGAAGUGCUAAACUGACCAAAAAUUCUAUACAUUUAUUUCCUUGAUCAAAAUAUUUAUUAAGAAAAUAUGUAAAUAUAUUGUCAUUUUUUUAUAGUCAGUAUAGACGUUAAUUAUAUAUUAUGUGUUUUUACUAUUAUUAAGCAAUUUUCUGAUUGAAUAGAUACAUUGUAUUUCUGUAUUGAAGAUGUAAAUACAAUUUGUAAGUAAAAAAAAAACAUAUUGUUUUUUAUUUUUCAAGUAAAAAUGAUUCAUGUACUAAUUACUUUUCUUUAUGUAUGUGUUGUAGUUAGACAUCUCAAAUCUCACAAUGGCCUUUUUCUUUGCAUUCCAAGUCUCUGGCCUUCAGACUUCACCAAAAUUUGUUCCUCUAGCAAAUGCUAAGGCAUAUUUCUUAUGUUCAUAAAAAUAUUACUCAGUAAUGUCUACUUUAAUGCUGGGUGUAAAAUAAAAAUAUUGUAGCCAGGUGGCAGAGGGAUUGUUUUCCAAACCAAAUGUCUUGAGCUUAAAUUAUUUGAAAGGAUUUAUUGUAUGGGGGUCCACCCCAGCUGUAUUGGGUAGGGCUGUGCAUAGUUAUGGUUGUUGAACUGGCUACCCUCAUCAGUCAUUGACCAAAGAUACUUGUAAGCAUUUCAUCCUUAACCACAUAGCUAUGUCUCAAGAGGAAACUUUUCAUCAAUAAGAAAAAAAUGGAGUACAUAAGCAACAACUUACACUUUUUUAAGUUCCCCUUUCAGACCUUGCAAUCUAUAGGGCAGAUGAUGUAAAGGUCAUCUGUUUCCUGUGGCCCACAGUUAAUGAUGGUGUCAUGUGGCCAGCACAAUGACCAACUGCAUUUACUUUUCCUAGACUAAUGUCAGGCACCUAUUAGAGCUGGGUGUACUAAGGGACGCCCAAAGAUCGCAAAAUUAAAAAUCCCAGGAUUCGAAGUUCAGAAUUCAAGGGCUUUGCUGCUCAGCCACAGGUCCUCUAAAUAACGUACACUAAUGUCUAUUAAUGUUUCUUUAAAAAAAAGAUGUAUUGACAUUUAUAAACAAGUAGGCCUAGAUUAAUUUUGUAGCAUUUUAAUUUUACCAAACUGAAGUAUAUAUAUAUUCUGAAAGGCUAUAAUAACUUAUUUGGAUUUAACCAAUGUUAGUUGUUUUUUUUUAAUCUUAUUGGAUUUGAAUGUGAUGUUUGUUUGUGGUAGAUUCUUAGUGGCUGUUUCCUUUUGAUUUUUUAAUAUUCUCAAUGGUUGUAAAUGUCAAGGGAAAAAAAACAAAUUUAUGCUCAUCUUGGACUUUUGUCAAUAUUGUUUACCUAAUUUUUGAAAUACAUCAUGAUUUUUUUUUAUUCAUAGAAAAGUUUAAAAAAACAUUGAAAUAAUUAUGAUGAAGAUCCUCAAUGUUGUUGCAGAUCAUACUACUUUAAUACUAGCAUUGUAAUUAAAUAUAUUAAGCAAAAUAUCCAGAAUAAAAAAAGCAAUCAUCACAAAUUUGUAAAGUGCUUUAAAUAAUCACAUACAAUUAGCAUUACCGCCCCCCCCCCCCCCCCCCCGCCUCCCCCCAGAUAUCUUUAUAGAUUUCACUUUUGUUGUCUUCCUCAUCAAUCAUAUUUUUUUCUUAAUCUUCCAUUUUCUCAUUUUUCAAGUUGGCAUAUUUUAUUUUGAAAUCCAAAGAAACCAACAAAUUUUUUUUUUUAUUCUAUGUUUGCAUAAUUAUUAUACAUUGUUAUAUGUGUUUCUUUUUCAUCUGUACUCAUUAUAAGUGCAAUCUGUAGUACUGCAACAUUUCUAGAGAUAUUGUGAACAGUGAUGAACCUUCAUACCUUUCUUUAGUGUGCUAUAUUUUGGGCACAUUCAAUAUGAAAAUAAAGAAGAAAAAAAAAAUUUACAUUAUAAUGUUUAAACAAACCUAAGAAAUUAAUGCUUUAACGCUUUCUCUCCGUAAUUAUUUUUCUACGUUUCGACAGAAUUCUUUAUUUUGCUCAUUACUAUUUCACAACCCUGUUGUGAUUAAGCCUCAAUAACUUUUUCAUUUGUUAUCAGAAAAUGUUUAUUGGUAUAGAAUUAAAGGGGAAUGCAGGCUUUUUUAUAUAACACAAAGUAAAGUUUAUAAAAUUAAACAUUAAUUUAAUUUAAUGAGGUCAAAUCAACGAUACCUAUCGUCUAACAGGAGAGAAAGAGUUUAAAUUUUAUUUUUUAUUUUUAUGAAUUCUGUUCUAAGAUAUACAAAGCUAAAGUUUUUAAGUUGCUUUAUGUAAAUGUGGAAAAAUAUGCAUGUCGCAACUGUGUUGGCAUAGUCAUGUGAAACACUGCACUCAUCCUUAGUCUUCAGUAUGGAAGACAUUGCCAUUUAAAAAAUGUUCAAUCUUUUGGAUUAAAAGAACAUCUCUUGACUAUAGAAGACAAAGUUUUUGUGUUAUACUAUAUUACUGCUCACAUGUGAUUUAUAAAUUGAUCUGUUCAAUGUUAUUUCAUUUCUUUGUUAUUGUUUUUUUUUUCUUAUUAAAACUUUUGUCGGAAAAAGUAA